UUUCCGGAGUAUCUGCUCAAUUGAAGCCAGGCAGCAUGCUAGCAAACUUCGCCGGUGAUCAAUCUAAAACUCAAUUUUUCUAGUGCUUCAGUGGAAAGAUGUGUUUUCUCUAAAGUGAGAAAGGUGGGAUAGGGCAACUGUUUUUGUCCCUUCAGAGCAUAGCGGAGAAGCAGUGCAAGAUGAUAGAACCAGAACUCUUGACAGAGGUACCCGCUGCAUUGAAACGUCUCGCCAAGAUGGUGGUGAGGGGUUUCUAUGGAGUGGAGCACGCCUUGGCCCUGGAUGUGCUCAUUCGCAACCCGUGUGUCCGUGAAGAGGACAUGCUGGAGCUUCUGAAGUUUGACCGAAAGCAACUGCGCUCCAUACUCAACACGCUGAAAGCUGACAAGUUUGUCAAGUGUCGUAUGAGAGUGGAGACGGCCCCGGAUGGCAAAACGACUCGACACAACUACUAUUUCAUCAAUUACAGGGUCCUCGUGAACGUGGUCAAGUACAAACUGGAUCACAUGAGACGGCGUAUAGAGACUGAUGAACGCGACUCCACCAACCGUGCGUCAUUUCGAUGUCCCUGCUGCUUCUCCACUUUCACUGAUCUAGAAGCCAAUCAGCUGUUUGACCCCAUGACAGGUACAUUCCAUUGCACAUUCUGUCAGACGGAGGUGGAAGAGGAUGAGUCUGUAUGCCCUGAUGCCAGGACACUGGUGGCCCGAUUUAAUGAACAGAUUGAGCCCAUCUAUGUACUGCUGCGCGAGACCGAGGAUGUGAAUUUGGCUCAUGAGCUGCUGGAACCUGAGCCCACAGAGAUCCCUGCCCUCAAGCAGAGCCGGGAACGCAAUGCGCUGGCUGCUGCGAACGCUGCGAGUGGUCCCCACCGGGAAGCCUGGUCCAACAAAGGCUCGACCUACGCUGACCUUUACACCCAAAAUGUUGUUAUCAAUAUGGAGGAUCGGGAUGACCCACAGAAGCAAGCCAGUGAGGGCACAGGAUUGAAGGAGAGGCCCGUCUGGUUGACUCAGAGCACGGUGGAGGGUGCUUACAACGAGACGGACAUGCUGAAGAAUCGGGGAGACAUUGCGACCGGGAUCCAGGAUGGCGCAAGUCACCCAGGUGCCGGCCAGCCAGAUGAGAACGAAGAGGUGAUGCGAGCCCUGCUCAUCCAUGAGAAGCGAGCCGUGGCGGGACCCGGUGGAGGCGGAGCAAAUGCUGCCGCCAGAGGGCUCGCGUCCGCCUCGGCAAACGCCAGCGACUCGGAGAGCGACACGAGUGAAUCCGACGAGGAGGCGCCCACUGCUCCUCCCCCUCACGUAGCCGCCGCCGCCGCUCCUCGGCGUGUCGAAGAGGAGGAUGACGACGACUUUGAGGAGGUGGGAGAUGAGCCCACAGUGAUGGUGGCAGGCCGGCCGUUCUCUUAUGGAGAGGUGAGCCAGAGGCCAGAGCUGGUAGAGCAGAUGUCUGCACAGGAGAAAGAAGCCUACAUUGAAAUGGGCCAAAAACUCUUUCAAGACAUGUACUUUUGAAAACUCAUCCCAUUUUUUCUUUUUAAUAACAUUUACCGCUGCCCCUUUAUACUCCGGGCCCGGACUCACCGACCAACACUCAGCUUCCCAAGCAAUUGCAUUCGAUGUUCUUUGAAUGAACAAAGCGGACACACGCAGUGUUGCCUCAGAGGUCACUCUGAAUAGUGUUCAUUCCUGAGUAUGUUCUACAGCUUGCAAGCUCGCUAUCUACAUUUUGUGCCAAUGUUUUUUUUUUUUUUUUUUUUUUAUCAGCUGUGAGUUUCAGCAGCUGUUGUCUUUUUUUCUCAAGACAGAAAUCGGUCUCAAGUAUGCUACAUAGUGGGUCUAUGAAGAAUCAAACCGUACUGAAAGGUUCAACAGUUGCUCAAUAUAAAGAGCAUUGUAUCAUGACAUUUCAGUCUGAAAUACAUUUUCCUCUCUUGCAACCAA